AGAAGAGGCCACGACCUGGCAGAAGACACCGGAGAGGAGUAGACUCGCCAGCCGCCGCCGCCAGUGAGGCCCGCCCACCCGUUCGCCUGGCCCCCUGCCCCGUUCACCAUGCAGCCUGCUUCUGCAAAGUGGUACGAUCGAAGGGACUACGUAUUCAUUGAAUUUUGUGUUGAAGACAGUAAAGAUGUUAAUGUAAAUUUUGAAAAAUCCAAACUUACUUUCAGUUGUCUUGGAGGAAGUGAUAAUUUUAAGCAUUUAAAUGAAAUUGAUCUUUUUCACUGUAUUGAUCCAAAUGACUCCAAGCAUAAAAGAACGGACAGUUCAAUUUUAUGUUGUUUGCGGAAAGGAGAAUCUGGUCAAUCGUGGCCUAGGUUAACAAAGGACAGGGCAAAGCUUAACUGGCUUAGUGUGGACUUCAAUAAUUGGAAAGACUGGGACGAUGAUUCAGAUGAGGACAUGUCCAAUUUUGACCAUUUUUCUGAGAUGAUGGAUCACAUGGGUGGCGAUGAGGAUGUAGAUUUACCAGAAGUAGAUGGAGCAGAUGAUGAUUCACAAGACAGUGAUGAUGAAAAAAUGCCAGAUCUGGAGUAAGGAAUGUUGUCAUCACCUGGAUUUUGAGAAAGAAAAAUAACUUCUGCAAGAUUUCAUAAUUGAGAAAAUUCCUGAGUUGAAAGCUCUAAAGGCAGAUGCUGUAUUUGCCUCCUUUAACCCAUUUUUCAACCUGUUUUUUAAUUUUUUUUUUUAAAGGCUUCACUAAGGGUUGAUAAUGUACCAUUGUAUGGGGCAAUUUAAGUCAGGUAAGGCAAUAUCCUUAUGCAUGAACAUUUCCCAGGAUUCCAUGAAGCGGUUGAGAUCCUAGGCAACUGAUACAACAGCUCUGAUGAAUAAACACUUCACCUAAGUCUU